UUCCUUACUGAGGAGUUGGCAACACUGCGCGAGUGUCGGCUGGCUUGACCGUAGUCAGGUACGAUUCAUGACGGACGUGUUAGAGAACAGUGUCAGAGAACUGGGGACUUUAACAGAAGAGUUUGGAUUUUAUUGUUUAAUACAAAGUACCGACGCGGUAGAUACACAGCAGCCGGUUCAGAUUAUAACGUAAUCUGAACAGGAAGUGGUGUUCGGUUGUUUACAAACUCCCGAGUCUGAGGUGAUGCAACAUGGCAGCAGCUGCUGUCAAUAGGUGUUUGCUCUCAGCGCUCAGGCCUAACACACGGUGUCGAAGCAGAGGACUUCAGUCUGUGGCCGGGGGGACAGUGAGCCCGGCUUCUUCUGGUCCGCCAUGUGGCCGUAGGGGAGCAGACGGAGACACGAGGCUGGACAGGAGAGCCCCUUGCUGGGAGAGGAGGAGCAGCAGAUCCGCUCUUCUGCUCGGGUCGGUGUCUGUGGCUCUGGGACUCUGCGGUCUAGUGGACAGACAGGAGGAGGAGACAAACAGAGGAGGGUCAGUGUCCAGACGGUUUGUGGAUCACAUCCUGCCAUCAGCUCACUGUGCGUCCCCCUUCAAACCUGACAGCCCCCGGUACCAAUACAACUUUAUCGCCGAUGUGGUGGAGAAGUCCACUCCAGCUGUGGUGUACAUUGAAAUCGUUGGCAGACACCCGUUUUCAGGAAGAGAAGUCCCAGUGUCAAAUGGCUCUGGUUUCAUUAUCAGCAGUGAUGGUCUCAUUGUCACCAAUGCCCAUGUUGUGGCUAACAAGAGGGGCGUCCGUGUGAAGCUCACCAAUGGAGAGACGUUCAACGCCACCGUGCAGGACGUGGAUCCGGUGGCAGACAUCGCCACCAUCAAAAUCAAUGCAAACAAUCCUUUACCCACGCUCCCCCUUGGCAAAUCAUCUGACGUUCGGCAGGGAGAGUUUGUGGUCGCCAUGGGAAGCCCGUUUGCGUUACGGAAUACGAUCACGUCGGGAAUCAUCAGCUCAGUGCAGAGAGGCAGUAAAGAGCUGGGUCUGUCCAACUCGAACAUGGACUACAUACAGACAGAUGCAUCCAUUGAUUUUGGAAAUUCUGGAGGUCCCCUGAUUAAUCUGGAUGGGGAAGUCAUCGGUAUAAACACCAUGAAGGUCACCGCAGGGAUCUCCUUUGCUAUUCCAUCUGAUCACCUCAGAGGUUUCCUUGAUAAAGCAGCGAAAAGAAAGAGUUCCAGGUCUGGUGACUCAGACACGAAGCGGCGAUACAUCGGUGUGAUGAUGCUGACACUGACCCCGAGCAUUAUUACUGAGUUGAAGUUAAGAGACCCAUCCUUCCCUAACGUGACACAUGGCAUCCUGAUUCACAGAGUCAUCAUGGGCUCUCCGGCCAACAGAGCGGGCAUGCUACCUGGAGAUGUGGUGGUGGAGAUUAACAGAGUGAAGGUGAACACGUCGGAGGAGAUCUACCAGGCCGUACGCAGCAGCGACAAAAUCACCAUGAUGGUGCAGAGAGGAGACGAACGGCUUCAACUGCAAAUUACUCCCGAGUACACAGAGUGACACUCGUUACCGCUGGUUGGCCAGAUUAUCGGAUUGUUACGUAAAUAUUUACGAGAAGAAAACUGAUGGCAACUGUGACCGGCACGUAAAAUAUAUUUGACGGUGCCCUAGACUUGUUCAAAUGUUGUUACUGCAAAUGGAAAAUACUACUGUUCAACUGCAGUAUCACUUAAAUUAUUUCAUGUUUUCUCUACAUGGCCGUUUACCAAAUAAUUAUAAUUAUAUAUAUAUAUAUAUGUUCAUUUGUCAAACACCGACAGCUUGAGUGAACCUGCCAGUAUCUUAAGAUGCAUUAACAGUCCAGUAUUCAGUCUCAUGUUUUUCUGGGCACGUUGAGCAAAGCGUAUUUUCUACCUCUACAAAGUUUUACUUCUUACUUGGCAGAGUGAGGGCGCCUGUGGCUCAGGAGGUCGAGUUGAUCGUCACAUAACCCUGAAGGUUGAUGAUCUGAUCCCAAGCUCCUCUAGUCCACAUGCUGAAGGGCAAGAUACUGAACCUUUUAUCACCAUGUGUGAUAGAAAAGCAAUGAGCGGUUAUAAAGACUAGACCAAUGCUGCACUUAGUAAGAAAACCAGUCAGUGUCAUUUGUAACUUGAGUUUCUAUGUCAAAAACACUGUUUGUAUAGUAAGGUAAUGAGACCUGAAACAAUGUACUUUAUUAAAGCCAUUUAAUGUUUGACAGCAACAAGAAGCAUGAGAGACGAUAGUAUGUCAUGGAGCAAUGGUCUUAAACUGACUACCAUUAACUGAGCAAAAGUUAAAUGUAUUAAAAAGACAAAAAUUGAUCAUGAGAAGUAAUAAAUAGUGUGUUUCAGAGA